AUGCGACGGGGUAUUUACUCUCCUUCUCAGCCAAAAUGGCAGGAUAACGACGACACCCUCGAACCAGAUCCCGCUGAUAACCAACUGCCAGAGACUGGUGCCGAGAGUCCGCAGUACGAUGAAAUCCCUUCGCUUUGGGACCCCGAACACUGGGAUUCGACACCUGUACCCCUGCACAAAGAGCGAGAAUUCAAACAGAAGAUUCACGAGGGAUUCCAAAGCAAAGUGGAUGUCAUGAACAUGAUCCUGCCACCAAAGACACCUACCAUCCCUGACUCUGACCGUCUUAUUAAAAGAAUGCAUGAACUUCGUAUCUCACUAGCCCUUUCCUCGAUCUUCUGCAUUAUCAAGGCAAAGGACUACGACUGCGCGCUGAUCGAAGCGCGAAACACUCUCAAAAGGGCUCAGGAACUGGAGGUCGGCAACGGGUCCAUUGCAAGAUGCCACUACUACCUGGGCCGCAUUCAGUUCUUGCGCAAGAGCUUCACCCAUGCCUACCAAGAAUUUGUGGCUACUCGGACUUGUUGCCCUGCUGGUCUCGAGAUUGAAGAUUGUCCUGAUGUAGAAUACUGGUUGAAGGAAUGUCGUUCUGCAAUAGCUCGCAAGAAACGUGCUCGCCUCCAGUUACCAGCAGACGCAAAGGAAAAUGGACAGGAGAGGGGGGAAACAAAGGGACAACACACUCGCUACAGGUCAUCCGCACCGGGAAAACGCAAGCGGGAUACCGCUCCCUUUGACUUGGUUAUUCGGUCUAAACCCCUGCCAGAGAGAGAGACCUGGCACCCAUCAGUGAAAAAGGAAGAACGCCCGGUCAAAACAGUUGUGUGGAUGGUUCCCGACACUGAAGAUCUUCCUCGCACUCGCGAGUCAAAAGCAAGCGACGAAAUCGCAAGCUCGUCUUCUGAUGGUCUGGACUGGAUCCAGACUGGUGGACCUCGACUCAAGCAAAGUCGGUUUACGGUUCGAUGUCACCCAGAUUUACAAAUGCCGCGUCCACGAUCAAUGAGCCUGUUCAAGAUGCUCCCUGAGGAAACAUCUUCUAUGUAG